AUGAGUAGAAAUAUUAGAGUACUUGAUCUCAAAAAUGUGGCAAAAUAAAGGCUAUCUAUUAAGGCUCCUGUUCAGAUUCGGAAAUUUGAUUUGUCGAGAAUUAGAGAAUAGGAAUUGGAGUUUAAAAGUUUGGUUGACUCAUUUGAAUCUGAUCAGAGCAUUAAUUCUCCGAUAAAUGGAUCAUUUGUUUUGAAAUCAUAACGUUCAUUGUCUAAAAAGAAAUAUGUAAAUUCCAAGGAAGAGUAAAAUAUAUAUGGAUUAAAAAUAUUGACAAAUUAGCGUUCUUCUUAAAAGCAAUUUGAUAGUAGAAGGUCGAGUACGGAUAUAAUUUAUUUGGAACAACAAUAAGAAAAGAGUAAUUUGGAAUGGUUAGAGCAUUGCAAAGAAAUUGAACCUCCAUAGGCGAAAUGCCAGUUUUUCCAUUAAAAAUCAAAGUAUUUAGAUUUAUAAGUAGAUAGUCAAUAUUUUUGGGAGGAUGUUGCAAUAUUGGAUCUUGACAUUCAAUAAAAUAAGUUUAUAGUUUAAAAGUAUCCUGGUGGUCAAAUUAAGAAAGUGGAUAGACUCUCUCUGCAAUUUGUAAAUUAAAACUAAGAAAUAUAUUAGAAAGUUUAACAAUCCAAUUAAUAGAGGUAAUUACUAAAGAAGAUAGAACACAAGAAAUUAUAAUAAAUUAUGUCUGUGCAUAGUACUGAAGUUUCAUAAUUCCCUAAAACCCUGAGAUAAAAAUUAUUCAAGAAAUAUAUUAACGCUUCUAUGACUACGUCUCUGCUAGAUGAAAUUUCGAGUGAAUAUAUUGUAGCUAUGAAGAAAUGCGCAGUAGGCAAUUUUGAUAACAAAUAUAAAUUUAUACCAUAAGACAGGUAUCAAUUUUAUACUUCUAAUCGAAAACAACUGAAAAAAUUGGUACACUUCUACAAAAAGUCAGCAAUAUGUGCUGUGUAAAAUAUGAUUUAAAGAAUUGAGGAUUAUACAGUAUACACCUAUGAUUUUAGAUUGAUUCAUUUACCAUUAAAAUUAGAGGAAUUUAAUCAUCAUAUUGAUUAGCAAAUUGCACUCUAACUUAACGAAUUCAAAAAUUAAAGAUUAUUUAUGCUAUCCAAUAUAUAAGAUUGUUUGUCGAAAGAACAUAGCUUUGUAACCACACAGUUAGAUCAGUUCAAAGGUGGACAACUUGAUAAGUUACUCACAAAAAUUAAUUAUAUCUAUCUAACCUUUCUAAAGAAGUAGAUCGAGAAGGAAUACUAUAUUUUGAAGUUAUUCUUAAAACAAUAUACUUAUGAUGAUAAGAAUGAAAUCAAAAUUGAAUUAAGCACCCUUCUUGAACUGAGUGUCAAAAUUAUUAUACCUAAGGGUGGUAAAAUGUCAAGGAAGGACAUUCGUCUUUCGAAUGUUCAGAUGAUUAAAUAGAAUGAUCCAAUUAUUUAUAUCUAAUACUCUUUAAACGAUAUUAUAGAAUAAUUAUUAAAACCUUGUAGGUCAUUGUUGAUAUUUGUACAAAAAUUCUAAACUAUUAGAAGCGAAUUGAUGACUUUGUUAUUAUUAAAGGAAACACUUAAAGAUAUAUUUGAUCAAAAAUAAAUUCAUGAUUUAGAAGAAGAAAUUAUACAGAUAAUAACAAUGGAAUAUUAAAAAUGUUACAAUUUAGUUGAAAGAUUCUAAAAAUUUAAGAAAUUCUUGAUUCCUUUAAAAUCAAAGGAAAUUGCUGAAAUUUUAGGAAUUGAACCCAAAGAAAAAUCAAUAACAUCAAUUAAUAAGCAAUAGAUUGUGACAAGAUUGCAAUAAUCUAAAAGUGCACUUUUGGAAAUUGAUCAUUUGUGUAAUACUAGAAGUAGAUUGGGGUUAUUUUCAGUUAAUUUAAAUGAUUUAAAAUUUGUAUUGAAGGAGAAAGUUUAAGAUCAAGCCAACCAAAUAACAAAUAAAAUAAUUGAUUUGAUCAAACAUAAUACAGCAAAUAUAAAGUCUUAGUUUGAUGAGAUACAAUCAAAGAGCUCAACAUUACCCAACACUGAGGAGAAGUUGGUGGAAUUGAAAUUGCUGUUAGGAGAGUUGAAAAUGGAGUUUUCAAGAAAGAAAGUAGAGAUAUUGUAGAUAGGAUAAAUGUUAGAAGUAUUAAACAUGUUUUAUGUUCCUUUUGAUUUCAAUUUAAUGGUGGACUUCUUUUAUUUGAAAUAUUGGCCAUAAGAUAUCACUGAAUUGGUGCAAAUGAAUAAAAAUAUGAUUGAAAAACAAGAGAAACAAUUCUUGCAGAAACUUUAAGCUGAGAAGUAUGAGUUUGAAGAACAUAUCUACAAGAUUUCAGAAUUAUUCACUGAGAUUAAAACGUUUCAUUCUUAUGAGGAGGUUAAGCAUAAAUUACCUGCUGUUAGGUAGCUUAAUUUAUAUUUUGAUGAUGCAAAGGAGAUGACACAUUCAUUUCAUUAGAGAGAAGGAUUGUUCGGUUUACCUAAUUCCACCUACCCUCAAUUAGAUUUAUUAAUUAGUGAGUUUUAACCAUAUCAGAAGUUAUGGGAAUUGGCUAGUAAUUUUGAGUAGUAAAAAGAUCAAUGGUUAUAUGGAUCAUUUAAGAAGUUGAAUUCAUAAGACAUUCAAAUAAAAAUAAAUGAUUAUGUGAACUAAACCAUUAAGAUGACUCAAUAUUUCAAAGAUGUCAAUAAUGAAUAUGCUCAAUAAUUUCUUAGAGGACUCAGAGCAGCCAUGGAGAGAUCAAAAGAAUUCAUUUGGAUUAUUGAAGCUCUAGUUAUUGAAGCAUUUCAGAAAAAGCCGUCCUUUUGGAGAGACCUGUUUAGAGAAUGUCAUAUAGCAAACUUUGAUCCAAAGGAGGAUUUUCCGUUGUAAAUUCUGAUCACAAGAGGAAUCCUGAAUGUAAAGGAGUAAGUGCUGGCAGUUUCUUAGAGAGCAGAGAAGGGGUGGAACAUAGAGAAGAGACUAAAUGAAAUGUAGGAUAAGUUAUCAGUAAUUGUGAUUGAGAUUGUACCUUAUAAAGAUACAUACAUAUUUAAAAAUUACGAGGAGGUUUAGAUGCUAUUAGAUGAAUAAUUAAAUGUUUUGGGCAUAUUAAAAGCCCAACCACAUGUGAAGAUGGUGUUGAGUAAGGCCAAUUAAUUGGAGUAUAAGACAGUUCUGAUAUAGGAUACUUUGGAAUAUGGUAUGAAAUGUUAGAAACACUGGAUUUAUUUGGAUCCCAUCUUUACUAGUGAGGACAUCAAGAAGAAAUUGGCAAAGGAGGCUUAAUUCUUUAGGAAUGUUGAUCAAUCAUUUAAGAUGUGCAUGGAAAACUUUAAUCAGAAUAGGAAGAUAUGGGAAUGCAUAGAUUCUGAGAAGAUGAAAGUAGAGUUCAGCAAUAAUGUUUUGAUGCUCGAUCAGAUUCAAAAAAGUUUAACCAUUUAUUUAGAAUCAAAGAGAGUGCUCUUUCCAAGAUUCUAUUUUGUUUCUGAUGAAGAAUUAGUCGAGAUACUGGCACAAACGAAAGAGCCUGUGUAGGUGCAAAGACAUAUCUAUAAAUGUUUUGAAUCCAUAUAGGAAUUAAAGUUCGAGAAGUAUUCCCUGAUUACAGGGUUCUAUUCAUCAUUGAAGGAAUGUGUUCCUCUGGAGUAGGCAAUUAAUGUAGCAUAGGAUGAUAAAUCUGGCAAUGUGGAAUUGUGGUUAUAGGAAUUAGAGACACAAAUGAAAAAGUCCAUUUCGAGGAUAUCAAACAGAACAUUGAAAGAUUUGAAUUGCACAAAGUAAGAAUUCAUUACAAAAUGGCCAACAUAAUCUAUUCUAUUGGCCAAUUAAAUUAAAUGGACUAGAAGCACAGAAACUGCUAUUAGACAGCAACAAAAAAUGAAUCUAAAAUUAUAUUUAAGUAUAUUACACAAAGAACUUUAAGACACCGUGUUAUUAGUAAGAUCAGAUCAAAACAAAUUACAAACAGCUACCUUGGAGGCUAUGGUUGUAAUUGAAGUACAUCAGAAAGACAUCGUGGAUACUUUGUAUAAGAAGAAUGUUCAAGAUGCAAAUGAGUUUGUUUGGAUUUCGCAGAUGAGAUUUUAUAAUGAAAUUGUGGAAUAAGAGUUUGUGGUUAAUGUCAAGAUGGUCAAUUCAGUAUUGCAAUAUGGUUUUGAAUAUUUGGGGAAUCUAACUAGAUUGGUGAUAACUAAAUUAACUGAUCGAUGUCAAAGAACUCUGUUAAGUGCAUUAAACAUGAAUUAUGGAGGAGCUCCUGAAGGACCAGCUGGAACAGGGAAAACAGAAACGGUGAAGGAUUUGGCAAAAGCAAUUGGUAUGCCUUGUAUUGUAUUUAAUUGUUCUGAAGGAUUAAAUUAUAUAGCCAUGGGUAAGUUUUUCAAGGGAUUGGCUUCUUCAGGAUCGUGGUGUUGUUUCGAUGAAUUCAAUAGAUUGGAUCCAGAGGUGUUGUCAGUGGUUGCUCAAUAGAUCUACACAAUAUUCUAGGCAGUAAAGGAAAAGAGGAAGCAAUUCAACUUUGAAGGAGUGCACAUUAACUUAACUUUGACUGUGUCUAUCAAUAUAACAAUGAAUCCAGGUUAUGCAGGGAGAUCUGAGUUACCAGAUAAUCUGUAGAUCUUGUUUCGACCUUGUGCUAUGGUGGUGCCAGAUUAUGCGAUGAUCGCUGAAAUUUAUUUGUACAGUACUGGAUUUGAGAAGGCCAGAGAAUUGAGUCAAAAGAUAGUUACAUGUUUGAGAUUGUGCAACGAAUAAUUAUCCUCUUAGGAACAUUAUGAUUUCGGUAUGAGAGCUCUCAAGGCUAUACUGAGUGCAGCCAAGAAUAUGUACGAAGGAUAUGAAGAGGAAAUAUGUUUGACAGCAAUCAUCAACGUAAAUAAACCAAAAUUUAUACCCAAUGAUGUCGAUCUCUUCAUGGCAAUUACAAAGGAUUUGUUCCCUGAUAUAAAACCAGUUGAAUCCAAUCAAUUGGAAUUAGAAGAAGCAUGUUCAGAGUUGAAUUGUUAAAUGGAUAAGUUGUUCUUAUCGAAAAUCGAAGAAUUGCAAAACAACAUCAAUGUCAGAAAUGGAGUUAUGUGUAUUGGUGAGACAUUCUCAGGUAAAACAACGACCAUUUAAGUUCUGGCCAAAGCUCUGAAUUGUCAGAUCUUUAAACUCAACCCAAAAUCUAUUAACACUGAUUAGUUAUAUGGGUUCUUGGAUCCUGAUACAAGACAAUGGUCUGAUGGAGUAGCUCCCAUUUUAAUUAGAGAAAACAUUGAGAAACCCCAGAGGAUUUGGAUUCAUUUUGAUGGUCCUGUAGAUUCACUUUGGAUCGAGAACUUAAACACCGUCUUAGAUGAUAAUCAGAAAUUAUGUUUAACAUCUGGUGAAAUAUUGAAAAUCCCAACUACGAUGUGCAUGGUCUUCGAAGUUGAAGAUCUCUCUGCAGCCUCUCCUGCCACUGUAUCUAGAUGUGGUAUGAUAUAUUAUAUUCCAUUCAAAUGGCCAUCCUUGAUUGCCUCACUAUAAUUGCCAAAUGGCUUCGAUCUAGAUUAUUUUAUAAGACGAAUGAGAUUUUUGAUUGAUCAUACCUUGGCAUGGACCAAGUUGCAUGUCAAAUUCCCUGUUAUGUACAUUGAGACUAUCCUUGUUUCCAACUUUAUUAAUCUCACCAAGAAAUGUUUGACCUUCCUUAGUGAUGAGGAGAAAACUCCAAAUAAUAUGGACAACAUGAUGAUCUUUGCUUUGGUUUGGUCUGUGGGGGCAGCCAUGGAUGAGAUCUAUAGGCCUCAAUUCAGUAAAUUUAUCAAUCAAUUAAUCAAAACUAAUAAAUCUGAUUUGUAGACUAUCUAUUAAGAUGAAGCAACUUUCUAAUUUCCCAAUAAUGAUGGCAUUGAUUAUUUCUUAUAUUGUUUUUCAAAUGGAAAGUGGGUCAAAUGGAUCAAUCUUAGCAACAAAAAGCAGAUCAAUCCUGAAAUGCAAUUCCAUCAAAUAGUUGUCCAAACACAAUCCUCCAUUCGCAAUGACUAUCUGGCUACUAUAGGUCUCCAUAUGCUUUAUUGUGGACCAACAGGCACUGGAAAAACUCUAUCCAUGGCAGCAAAAUCAGGAUUCCAAAUUGUUUGUUCUGGUUCAACUACAGGCAAUUCUAUCUAGCGAUUGAUCGAGACCAAAAUCAAUAAGAGAAGGAGGAAGGGUUAUUAUGCAUCAGAGGAAGGUCACAUCUUUAUAUUUAUUGAUGAUCUAAACAUGCCUUACAGAGAACCUGAAGGUGCUUAGCCUGCUAUAGAACUACUAAGACAAUGGAUGGAGAUGGGAGGGUGGUAUGACUUGGACAAUAAGGAAUUCAAAUACAUGUGUGAUAUCACAUUCCUUGGAGCCAUGCAACCAAAUGUAAGUGGAAGGAAUUAGGUGACAAAGAGAUUUCUGAGAUUCUUCAAUAUUUUGUAUAUCGGAGGAUUUGACAACGAGAGCAUGACGAAUAUGUUGGAGGUGUUUAUCUAUUGGUUGUCGAUCAAGAUAGAGAAUGGGGUGGAGUUCUUGAAUAUCAAGGAUUAGAUUAUAGUUACAACGCUGUUCUUAUUCGAGAAGGUGCAAACCAAGUUGUUACCCACUCCCUCGAAAUCACAUUACAUAUAUACAGUUAGAGACAUCUUCAAGAUAUUUUAGGGAAUGAGCAAAGUACACAAGAUCAUUAAUUAAUAAUAUUUGGUUAAAUUAUGGUGCCAUGAAUGUGCUAGGAUAUUUAGUGAUAGAUUGGUAGACAUGAAUGACCUCAAGAUUUACAAUGAUAUCAUGAAGGAAUCACUUCAGUAGUUGUACCCUGAUCAUCUUCAACACAAUCUAUUCCUGCCGUUAUUCAACAACUAAUAUGAGGAGGCUCCUUUGAUGCAUCGAGUAUUGGACAAAGUUAAAUGGUAUUUAGAAUAAUAUAACUAUCAAUAAUAACAAUACAAAAUGGAAUUGAUACUGUUUACUAAUGCUAUUUUACACGUGGCCAGAAUCUCAAGGAUUUUGUUAAGUGGACAUGCAUUGCUAAUUGGUAUGGGUGGAAGUGGCAGAACCUCAUUAUCAAAGUUGGCUAAUUUCAUCUUGUUUUAGCAAUCAGCAGAAACCAUUGAUUCUAAAUAAUGGGAUGAAAAUCUGUUGACAGUACUCAAAGACUCAGGAAUGGAAAAUAGAAUAAUAACAUUAAUCUUCUAGGAAUCUCAAUUUCAUUAGGAUUACAUGUUGGAAGACAUCUGUAAUAUCAUGACUCAUGGCGAGGUGUCUCAUCUAUUCCCUCCUGAGGAAAGAAUCAAAGUUUAAGAAGAAUUGCCAUACUCCUAAUUCAUCAAAAAUUGUAAACACAACAUGCAUAUCAUAUUGUGUAUGUAACCAAUAGGUGAGACUAUACGUAAACGUUUACGAUCCUUUCCAGCCAUUAUUAAUAGUACAACCAUCGAUUGGUUUAUGAGUUGGUCAGAUGAAGCUUUAGAAUCUACUGCCUUUGGAUUUCUCAAACAGAAUGCUUUAGUGAAGGUGGCUGUGGAUAUUCAUCACAAAGUACUCGAUCUCACUGAUAAGUACAAAGAGGAGAUGAGAAGAUACUUCUAUGUGACUCCCACCUAGUAUCUAUAGAUGUUGAAGAUCUAUCAGAAGAUUUAUGAGGAAAGAGUAUUGCGAUCAAGGAAGGCUAUUGAUAGAAUGGAAACAGGAAUUGAAAAGAUUCUACACACUGAAUAGGAAGUAGAUAAGAUAAGGAAUAUGCUCUUUGAAUUGCAACCUCAAUUGGAGAAGGCAACGAAUGAUAAUCAGAUUCUCUUGAAGAAGAUUAAGAAAAGAUAGCAGGAUGCAGAUUAAAAGAGAAUGGUAUGUGAACAGGACGAAAAAGAAUGUAGUGUUUAAAGAGAAGAAGCUAAUUCUUUGAGAAAUCUAUGUUAGACCUAAUUAAAUAACGUUAUUCCUUUGCUUAAAUAGGCUACAGAUGCGUUAGAGAAGAUUUCAAGGGAAGAUAUGAUUUUAUUGAAGUCAUUCAUUUACCCUCCUCCUUCGGCAGCUAUUGUAAUGGAGGGACUCUGUUAUGCAUUCGAAAUCGACGAUCAAGUUUAAUCAAAGAACAAAGAUCCUCCAACUAUUCAAGACUUCUGGGAUUUUGCAAAAAAGAAUCUAUUGAAUGACAAACUAAUCAAAAGAAUCAAGAAGAUGAAAUUAGAAGAGAUCAGAUCAAUCAAUAUUGUGAAUAUUGAAAAACUAGAAGUGUUCUCAUAAAAUCCAUUAUUCGAAAGAGACAAAGUAUUUAAUGCCUCUACGGCUGCAGGCAACCUUUCUGAUUGGAUCAGAGCUGUUUUGAAUAGUUAUUAAGCAGUCGAAAUUAUUGAACCUAAGAAGUAGCAAUUAGCAGAAGCUGAAGUUAGAUUGAAAGAUGCAGAAGAGAAAUUAGGCGUCAAAAGAUCUGCUUUGGAUGAAGUCAUGAUUGAAUUGAAGAGAUUGUCGAAUGAGUAUCAAAAGGCUAGGAUUGAAAAAGAGUAGAUUGAAUAAAAAGUUGAAAGUAUCACUAUACAAUUGUAAAGAGCAGAAAAAUUGACCAAUAAUCUUUCAGAUGAAAAAGUCAGGUGGAAAAAGAAAACCCAGAAGAUUAAAGCAGAAUAAAACACUCUUGAAGGAGAUAGCAUUCUAUGUUCAGCCUUGAUAUCUUAUAUGGGAGUAUUUCCCAUACAAUAUAGAGAAAAUGCUAUACAAUUAUGGUAGAUGAAAUUGUUAUAAGAGGGUAUUUAAUCUUCCUCACCAUUCCAAUUGUAAAAACAGUUGAGUGAUCCUUUGUAGAUUAACAAAUGGUUACAACAGAAAUUGCCGAAUGAUCAAUUUUCUAUUGAUAAUGCCAUCAUCUUGAAAUAGUCAUCUAAAUGGCCUUUGAUUAUCGAUCCUUAAUUGUAAGCAAAUCAAUGGAUUAGAAAUAUGGAAGACAGCAAAAGUUUAUUGAUAUUUAAUGCAAGAUCACCAAUCCAAUAAGUCUAAUUGCAAUUAGAACAUGCUAUUUAAAUUGGAUAUGCUGUUUUAGUUGAAAAUGUCACAGAAGACAUUGAUCCUCUCUUUAUUUAAAUCUUAUCUUAGAAGGACUUUGGAUCAACUGCUCAAAUUAAAUUCUUUGAUAAAGUCAUUGAACAAUCUAAUGAUUUUAGAUUCUACCUUACCACUAAAUUAGACAAUCCACAUUACCAACCUUAAAUUUGCGUUAUGGUUACUCUAUUGAACUUCUAAGCAACACUUCAAGGAUUAACUGAUCAAAUGUUGAAUGUGGUUGUCAAAAUUGAUGAACCAGUAAAGGAAGAAUUGAGAAUUAAGAAUAUCUUUUACUUUAUCUCCAAUCAGGAUAAACUAAUCAAAACAGAAGAUUAAAUGUUGGAACUACUCUCUUAAGCAGGAGGAGAUUUAUUAUAAAAUGAGACUAUCAUUAUCGCUCUCCAGAAUACAAAAGAUGAAGGCAAUAACAUUGAAGAAAGAAUUCGUAAGUUAGAGACUGAUAGUCAGGCAUUCAAUGUCACCAGGUAAUCCUAUUAAUAAGUGGCUGAAACUGUUGCCAAUUUAUACUUUGUAGUCUAUUAUUUAGCAACAGUUGAACCCACUUAUUUGUGGUCCUUAGAUUUCUAUGUUGCUCUUUAUUCUAAGGCUAUUAAAGAAGCAUAGCAAGGUAAACUUAAGAGAAAUCAAAAUAUCAUUGACAAAUUCAUAUUAAUGCUUUACAAUGCUGUCAAUCGAUCUUUGCUAGAAAAAGAUAAAUUGAUUUUUAGAUUUCUCUUAUGUCAACGAUUAAUGAAUGUUCCCAUCAACCUGGUUAGAACAUCAGUUAUGGGAUGUUCUUUGACUUCUACUGAAAUACCUAUGCCUAAAGAUUAUUCAUGGUUGACAUACAAAAUGUGGUUAGCAUUGGUUGACCUCUAAUAAUAAUAUCCACACAUCUUUAAAGGGAUUUGUGAUUCAUUUAGUAAUAAUAAACCAUUUUGGGAUCAUUUCUAUACUACUUCUCAUAGUUUCAAGAAUUAAAUCCUAAAUUUAGAUUAAUUCUAAAUUAACAUGAUAGUUAAAAUCAUCAAACCAGAAUAAUUCAUUCAAGCCACAAAUGAAAUGAUUAGAACAUUUAUGGGCUAAAUUUUCUUAGAAAGCAUUCCCAUCACAUUUGAAUAAUUUUAUCUGGAAUCUGAUCAAAAUACUCCAUUGCUCUGUGUCACAACUCCAGGAGCUGAUCCAAGAUCUGAAAUCAUUGGUUUAGCUCAUAAAUACGGAUUUUAAGAUAAGCUUAAUGUUAUCUCAUUGGGAUAAGGAUAGAGUUAAUUAGCAAUUAAGUUAAUCUUGAAGGCUAUCUAAAAUGGAAAUUGGGUGCUCUUAUAAAAUUGUCAUCUGGCAGCCUCAUUUAUGCCUGAAUUAGAAAAACUUUACGAAAAUUAAUUGAAGCAAAAUAUACAUACAAAUUUUAGACUCUGGUUAACUACUUUGCCUACUAAUCUAUUACCAUAAAAUGUAAUUAUAAGAGCUCUCAAAAUGACAUACGAAUUGCCAAGGGGAAUUAAGAAUAAUAUGUUGAGGUCAUAUUUGUCUCAAGACCCGGAGAAGUUUGAAUUAUGUAAAAGAUUAAAGGAAUGGAAGAAUUUAUUUUUUUCUUUGGCUCUUCUUCAUGCUUGUUUGCUUGAACGUAAAAAGUAUGGACCAUUAGGAUGGAACAUAGGAUAUAAUUUCUCAUAACAUGAUUUAGAAAUGUCUAAAGAAUAGAUUCUGUAUUUUCUGGAUUAAAAUAAUGAUAUUCCUUGGGAUGCUCUUCAUUACCUAAUAGCAGAAAAUAAUUAUGGAGGUAGAGUCACUGAUCCUGUUGAUAGGAAGUUGUUAAAUAUUUAUGUUUCCGAUCUUAUUAACAAAGACAUUGUGGAAGGCUUUUCAUUCAACGAUGUUUAUAAAGUGCCUUCAGAAAUGCCAUUAAAGGGAUAUAUAGAAUAUAUAGCAACCUUUCCAAUUGCUGAUCCUCCUCAGUUAUUCGGAUUGCAUCCAAAUGCUGAAAUCUACUCUGCCAUUUUAGAUACUGAAAACUUAAGUUCGACGAUCUUGUAAUUGCUUCCAAGAACUUUAGGAGACUAAAGCAUUCAUCCAGACAAAUUAGUUUAGAAGAAAGGAAGAUCUAUUUUAAAUGAACUACCAGCUUAAUUUAAUAUUUCAUUAGUUGAAUCAAAGUAUCCAUUACUCUAAGACAAUUCUAUGCAUACACUCAUCUAAUAAGAAGUUAAUAAGUAUAAUAAAUUAAUUUCUCAAAUAUUCAAUUCAUUAGAAUAACUGAUGCAAGCACUGGAAGGCUACAUUAAUAUGACAGAUUAACUAAAUGACAUUUACAAUUCCAUUUUCGAUAAUAAAAUACCCUCAGAUUGGAGCAAGCUCUCUUAUUUGACUACUAAGCCUUUAGGAUCAUGGUUCAGCGAUUUGCUUAAAAGAAUUCAAUUUUUAGACAGUUGGAUUAAUAAUGGAGAACCUACAAUCUUUUGGCUUGGAAGCUUUUUCUUUAUUCAAGGAUUCUUAACUGCAGUAUUACAGAAUUAUUCAAGAAAAUCCAAGAUUCCAAUUGAUUAAUUAAAAUUUGAUUUUGAGUUUAUGAAACAAAUUCCAAAUCAAGGUUCUCAACAUGGAAUUUUUAUUGAAGGAUUAUCAAUUGAUGGAGCUCAAUUUGAUUUGGAAGAAUAAACUCUACUAGAACCAGAUCUCAACAUAUUAUUUUUUAAAUGCCCAAUUAUUAAGUUUAUACCAACUAAUUAGCCAAAAAAAUAUAAUCAUUACUCCUGUCCUUUAUAUAAUACUUCUCAAAGAAAAGGAGUUCUGACCUCAAAUGGUUUAUCAAUCAACUUUAUCUGCAAUAUUAAAAUACCAAUUAAGAAUGAAAAGAAACAUUGGUCUAAAAGAGGAGUGGCUCUGAUCAUUUAAAUUGAUUGA